CCAACUGGGCCGCGCACCAGCAGACGACGCAGUCUGCACACGGAGUCCGGGAGAGACACAUCGCCCCGCGGAGGGUGUCCCGUCGCGGUCGAGGACAACGUGUACUGGUUGGGCGCGGCGGAGCGCCCGGGUGGCCGCGCGCGCGGAGGGCAGCAGAGUGUUGUCAUUUGUGGUGAAGGUGGGACCGUAUGAUCCCCUUCCUGUGGCGGCCAGCGGCGGCAUGGAGGCGGUGCAUCUUUUGAACAGUGUGCCGUAGUGAAAAGGAGAACAGACGUCAUCCGACCCGCGGGGGAGACACGUGACAUCCAGGGCCGUAGGGACAUGGAAUCGCCGCCGGCGUCCCCGGCGCCGGCGCCGGCCCCAGCAGCCCCGGCCUCGGCGCCGGCCCCGCCCCCGCAGGUGGGCACCGUCAAGCUGCACGGCGAGCCCAUCGUGUCGCUCGUCAUGGAGGGCUGCGAGCGCCUCUGCCUCGCGCAGAUCUCCAACACGCUGCUCCGGGACUUUUCCUACAACGAGAUCCACAACCGGCGCGUCGCGCUCGGCAUCACCUGCGUGCAGUGCACGCCCGUGCAGCUCGAGAUCCUGCGCAGGGCCGGCGCCAUGCCCGUGUCCUCGCGCCGCUGCGGCAUGAUCACGAGGCGCGAGGCGGAGCGGCUCUGCAAGUCGUUCCUGGGCGACAACACGCCGCCGCGGCUGCCGGAGGACUUCUCGUUCCGCGUGCACCACGAGUGCGCGUGGGGCUGCCGCGGCCUGUUCCUGCCGGCGCGCUACAACUCGUCGCGCGCCAAGUGCAUCAAGUGCGUGCUCUGCGGCCUCUUCUUCUCGCCCAACAAGUUCAUCUUCCACUCGCACCGCACGGGGCCGGCGGCGCGCUACGUGCAGCCCGACGCGGCCAACUUCAACUCGUGGCGCCGGCACAUGCGCCUGACGGGCAGCCCGCCCGAGGAGGUGGUGCACGCCUGGGAGGACGUCAAGGCCAUGUUCAACGGCGGCACGCGCAAGCGGCUGCUGGCCAACUCGCAGCACCACCAGGACCGGUCGGCGUCCAAACCAGCGACGCCCUCCCAGCAGCAGCAGCAGCAACAGCAGCCGCCGCAGCAGCAGCAGCAACAACAGCAGCAGGCUCCGCGGCAGGACGGCGAACUCGGCCCCGGAGGGGCGGCCAACGCGCCACCGUCGCCCGUCAAGGCGCACCCCACUAGCCCGUCCGGGCCCAGCCCGGCCAAGAUGAGCAAGUCCUCGAGCAGGCCCAGGACGCCGCUCGACUCGCCGCCCGGCGCCACGGCCGCCCCGCCGUUCCCCUUGGCGCCCGGGCAGUCCGCCUGCCUGCCGCCGCGGGGGCUGCACCUCGAGUGGGGCCCCUGGGGGCGGGCCAGCCCGCUGCCGCCGCUGGGCUCGCCGCUGCCCCCGGCCAUGGCGCCGCCCCCGCUCGGCCCGCCCCCGCACCACGUGCUGCCCCCCUACGCGGCCCUGCCCUGGCUGGCGCCCAAGAGGUCGCUGCUGGCCUUCUCGCCCGACGGUGUGGUGCCCCGUGCGUGGGCGAGCGCCCUGCUGCCGCCGGUGCCGCCGCACCAGGCCCACCAGGACGCACUCCGCUCCUCCGCCUUCCGGCCCGUGUUCCCCGUGCCCUCGCUGCCGCCCGCCCUCCUCUCCCGCGAGGUGGCCGCCGAGUCCCGCGACGCCCGCGAGCCGCGGCAGAUGAGGGACCCCACCGCCGAGCUGCGGGACCUGCGGGACCUGCGCGACCUGCACCGGGACAUGCACCACCCCGCCGACCUCACGCGCGAGGUGGCGGCCGAGGAGCGCAAGCCUACCCCGCCGCCGCCGACGGCGCUGGGGGCCAGCCAACCCGCGCCCCGCAUCGUAGACGAGGUCGACAGAAAACCCAUAGUGGUUGAGGCGGAGGACGCGACGGACUUCGAUGUGCGUAGCAGUCGGAGCUACGAGGACGAAGAGGAGACGGUGGACAUCGAGACGACCGAGGACGGCGAUGACAUCGUCAUGACAGCAGACAGCCCCGACACUGGCGAACACCUUCAGGUCUCGCCGAAGCACCAGCCGCGACUGCGGUCCCUGUCCCCCGAGGCCGGCGAAGAGAGUCUGUGGGCUGUGGCCACGGCCCGGCUCUCGCUCGAGCGGCGCCAGGAGCACCUGUACCGCCACCUGCACCUACUUCGAGAUGGCCGCGAUCCACUGCAGCCCUUCCCUCCCAACAAGAUGGGUCUGGACUGCUCUACCUGCCACCAAAUCUACGGACCACUGCUGCCCGCGGGUCAGUCCGAGGGCAAACUAGUGCCUUGAGAAAAAGCAGGCGGGGAAAAUCAGUACGCAAAUGAAGUGAAAACUGCAUUGUUUCAAGUUACUCAGACUAGAUAAACUCUUUUACCUAUAAAAGGGAAUACGGAUAACGCGAGAUACUACUUGCUUCACUCUUCUUUCCAUUACGUGUCAUUUAUAGGACUACAUUUCUUUCAUAACUAAUAGCUCGCAAAAUCCUGAAGGUUUUCAUAGCUAUACGUGCCUCUAUUGUCGUCUCACUUAUGGUACACAAAGAAAAAAAAUAUCGUGAUUUUGAUUUCCAAUUAAAUUUUAUCAAAUCGAUUUUAUAGUAAGAAUGAUUAUUGUCUGAUAAUCAUGAUGUUGUACAGCUAAGCAUUCAUAGUCUUAGAACUCCGAUCUUGGGGAGAAGGUGUUGUAAAUAUGUAAGUUCAAUGUAAAUUAAUCUUCAAGUAUAAUCAUUGUUAAGUGUAAGUAUAAAUUAUUAUUGUUCAGUUAAGUUGUUCCUUUUCAAUCAAACGAGAUUCUUGUUGGCAUGCAUAUUCAAUUUGUUGUACAUGAAAUACAAUUGUUAAGCCUUUUCUGA